GAAAGGGCGUCACCAGUCUUUCGCUUUUCAUUAUCAACGCCACUUGUGUUCCCCAUUGAAUUUGUUUACUAACAUGGCGCCCGUAUCGAAGUUAGGGCGCGGAAAACCGCUAAAAAAUCAAACAAAAGAAGUAUUGUGGAAAACAUACAAAUAUUUCCAGUCACAGAUAGAAAAAGAUCCCAACUCCACGGUCACGGCCAUCCAGCUCGUCAAGCAAGCGACCGGCGUCUCCUCAUUCGCGCUCAAGCGUCUGCUGUCUGUCACUUCAAUCGACAAGUCAAGCGAAAAAAAACCUUCACAGCGCCAAAAUAAGGAAGGAUUUGGAUGUGACGACUACGACGCUCAGGCUAUACGAAGAAUAAUUCACAAUUCGUACACAAAAGACGUUGUGUUCGAGUCAAUAAUUGAUUUAUACCGUAUUGUGAAAGCAGACUUGGACUACCAGGGUUCCCUCUUCUCCUUGAGGCGUCGGGUGACUAAGCUAGGUUUUACCUGGAUAGAAAAAGACAAAAACAACGUAUUAAUAGAAAAACACGAAUUUCGAUAUCCCAGAAUCCAGUUUUUGACUAAGAUCGAAGCUUAUCGUGCCCAAGGUCGAGAUAUAGUGUAUACUGGAGAAAUGGUGGUUGAAAGUCGAAGGAAGUUACACAAACCUCGGUUGAUUGGGCCGUCUACUAGCCUAAAACCAGCGAAGAACAUAUCAGUGAUACUGCUUGCAGGCGAUGCAGAGAACGUUGUCAAGAGUACUAUUUAUAUCUUCAAUGAUAAUAACAGAUACGAGAAAGAUGUAAAUGAGUCGAAGCGAGAAAAUUUCGAGCACUACGAAAAAUGGUUCAAAUACUAUCUUCUUCCGACAUUAAAGCCGAACAGUAUUAUUGUUAUUGAUAGCGGAACACCCUUCCACAACAGAAUGGCUAACCCAAUGCCGCACGCUACCUCUCCUAGAAGUGAACUCAUGGACUAUCUGACAGCAAGAGGCAUCCCUUACUCAGCUGAUAUGUACAAAUCUCAGUUAUACCAACUAGUUGUGGCGAAUCAGGAGAAAUAUCCGGAAUACAAAACCGAGGCUUUGUUCAGGGAACAUGGACACACAGCACUACGUUUGCCGAUUCAGUAUCCAGAUUUAAACCCAAUAAAAUUUGUUUUGUCGUCAAUAACAAAUUAUAUUGGAGACGAGGCGAGUCUAUCUACGGACAGUAUUACAAACAUAGCUAAGAAAAAGGUGUAUUCCUUACCUGAUGAGGGUUUGGCAGAAUGCCCGCAGGCUGACAAAGACAGAAGAGAGUUUCCUGACAGAGGUAGAUAAAAUGGUCGAUGAAAUAUCAGAGAAAGCGGUGUGUUUGGAUGAUAGAUCAUCUGAAAGCGAGGAUGAAGAAUGCGCAUUCGACUCUGAUGAUAACCAAUAAAUCAUUGCUACCAUCAUGUUCUAAAAUAUUAAUAAUACUACGAAUUCAGUGUUAGAACAGAUAAGGGCAAAUACAAGGAUAUUUAAUUUUUAUUGAAAGAAAGAAAAGAAAGAAAGAAAGAAAAUAUUUAUUUGUAACAAGCAAAAUUACAUAAUAAUUACAAGUUUAAUACAUUUAAAUCUAUUUGCUCGUCACAAAAGCGAACCCAGCUCAGCAUAUGCUGAUAAAAAAACCAGCGCUGAUCUUCCGUUGGGCCGUUUCGUGAUGUCACGGGCGCCAAAGGCAAAAAAAAAUAACAAAACUAAAAGUACAAAACUAAAACUGCACCAAAAUGCAUGGGGGAAUGAGUAUUGGUAAUUUAUGUCUAUUUGUAACCGACUUCAUAAAAAGGAGGAGGUUCUCAAUUCGACUGUAUUUAUUUUUUAAAUGUUGCGUGUUUUUAAAAUGCUAUUAGGUAAGCAAGUAAGUCUCGUGAUUCCAAUAUUGAAACACAUAAAACUUACGCAUUUAUUAAAUUGCAUUAUGUUAUAAGUACAUACAUGGUUGUAAAAAACGUUUACGCUUAUUUGAAAGUAUUGAUCUUUAUAAAUUAUUUUUAAUAUACUUAUUUUAGUAUUACGUGAUUAUUUACAAGUGUACCAGGUUUGCGAAAUAAAUCUUUAGGAUUAAACUCGGAUGUUGUGAAAAUGUAUGUCAAAUUUGAAAAUGUGCCAAAUAUUAAUAACUAAAUGUAGUUAUUAUAUUAUGUAUAAGUUCUAAGUUCCAUGACCUGUGGAGAAAUCUGUGUUCAAUUUUAAUAUUAUGCUAUGACCUUUUUUUGUUAUAAUAUGAUGCCAAAGACGAAUAGAUGUUUCCUCUAUGUAUUUCGAUAAGUAAAAUAAUAUGUUGCAUUUCUUUCUUGACCCUUCUAUUUUUAUAUACUAUUUAUUAACAUUAAAAUUAUAAUAAUAUAUGCUACGCGAACGUAACUUUAAUUAAUAAAUGUGUGAUGUAACAAUAUAUAGCUUUAUUCAUGACCAAUAAACUGUUAUAUUUGAAUACUCUUGUGCGACGUGGUAGAUGAAAUGGUUAUUUAUUCAUUGUACAGGUAUGUCCAACAGUGGGACAUUAUACACACACACGAAUUCAUCCCCGAAGUGGUAUGUAGAGCCGCAAGCAGGGCACCCAUUUUUCGCCAAGUGUGUUCCGACCCAUGAAGUGAUAGGGGGCUAGCCUAUCGCCAUAUCGAGCACAAAUUUCAGACUUCAGGCUAAUAUCGAGCAGAAAAACCGAAAUAUCACUUUGCCCGACCCGGGAUUCGAACCCAGUACUUCAGAGUGCUGCCAUAUGCAAUAUGCGAAUGUGCAAUAUGAAUUUUGAAUCUUUGUUCCUGAUCGAUUUCCGUUAAACAAUAGUACGCUUUAGAUUUUAACAAUUUUUUUCCUUAAUUUCCUUAAAUUUUAUUAUGUCACCCGUUGCGAAUAAUCCUUAAUUAACGUACACUAAGGUACAUUAUUGAAAAUUGUGAUCAUAUUCCAGCCCUCCAAAGAAAUAAAUAUAUACAUUUUUAAAUAGCAUAAUAUCCUUAGCACCUUGAUUUUAAAGGAAACCAAACCGCCUAAUAAUUAAAAUAGAACUUGAACCCGCUGUCUUGAAUGUUUUAAAAACCCGCUAAACACUCAUCCUCAUAAUUUUAUCAUUAGUUCAAUAUAAGCUACAUGGCAUAAUUAUAUUUUUAUAAAGAUUUAAGCAAAGUCAUAUACUAUACUAU